AUGCAAGAAGAAAUAUUAUACAAAUGGAAUUAUGAUGAUUUUAAAGAUAAAAAAUUUAAAAUACCAAAAUUAAAUAUGCCAUGGGAUUAUAAGUUCAGUCCAUAUUUUGAAGAAAUAUCAUUAGAAAAUAGAGAAUGGAUAAAAGGAACUAAACUUAUAUCAGAAGAAUCUGAUUUUGAAAAAUUUGUUUACUUGAAGACAAUUUUAAUGAAUUCUUAUUUAUAUCCCCAUUGUAAUAAAGAAGUUUUUAGAUAUAUUAAUAGAUUAAAUGAAUAUAUUUAUAUCGUUGAUGAUUUUUAUUUAGAAGAUAAUGUAAAGGGUCAAGAAUGGGUGGAUGAAUUAUUUGAUAGAAAUUCUAAAUUUGUUAAAGAGAACUACAUUGGCUCGAUAAUGUGGGAAAUUUUUGAUGAUAUUAUAUCCGUUGGGAAUGAUGGAGCUACUGACUAUCUAAUUAAAAAAACACAUGAAUGGAUGGAUUCAGUAAUACUAUUCAAUAGUAAAAAAGUAAAUUCCAAAUUUACCUUUGAAGAAUAUACAAAUAGUCGUGGAGUAGAUGUUGGUAUGAUUUUUGGUUUGGCUUGCACUAAAGUUCAUAUUCCUCCAUUAUGCGACGAGAUUGAAAAUCACCCAGUUUAUAUAGAUAUGCUUGCAAACUACUAUAACCCAAUUCAUUUAUUAAUAAAUGAUAUCUAUUCCUUCAACAAAGAAACAAAAUCAGUAAGAUUAGGAAAUUAUGUAAAGAUUGCAGCAUACCAAUUGGGUUCUAUACAAUUAGCAAUGGAUCAUUUAUCAAAACUAUUUGAUGAAUAUAUUGGAAAAAUUCAAGAAAAGUUUGCAGAGUUAGAAAAGAUCUUCCCAAAUAAUAAAGACCUUGAAACCCAUCUAUAUAUAAUUAAAACAAUUAUUGCUUGUAACUUUAAUUGCUCCACAAAUCCAAACUAUCCACGUUAUUAUGGUGAAGUUUUAGAAGCUGAAUUAAAGAUUAUUAAUGAAUAA